UCAGCACCCACACUUCACACUAGAUGACGCUUUGCUCUGCUGUAAACAUCGCUGACGUUCUGCUGCGUGGCUCAGAAAAGGAGAGGGUUAUUAUAAACGAAGACUGGGUGAACAAGACUGUUUGCACUGAACUCGCCUCACAUGCCAUCAUAACAACAAAGACACACGUCGGAAUCCUUCUGCCCGCGGUGCAAUGGCAAGAAGAACUGAAAUCCCUUCCUCUUACUACGGUGAGCCGCGCAAAUUCGACCCGACAUUCAGAGGUCCUACUCACAACAGGAGCUGCACGGACGUGCUGUGCUGUGUGCUCUUCAUCGUCGUCAUCCUCGGCUACAUCGCCCUGGGAACUGUGGCCUGGAUUCACGGGGACCCGAGAAAAGUGGUGUACCCCACGGACAGUAACGGGCAGUUCUGCGGGCAGAAGGGCACCCCCAAUGCAAAGAAAGCCAUAUUGUUCUACUUUAACAUAUUAAAAUGUGCCAGCCCUGCAGUCCUCAUUAACCUGCAGUGCCCAACCACUCAGCUGUGUGUCUCCAAGUGCCCGGACAGAUUUGCUACCUACUCAGACAUGCAAUACAACUACCGGUCCAACAGGAGCUACUGGGAGUACUACAGGCAGUUCUGCAAACCGGGAUUCGACAAUCCUAGAAAGGCUGUGGCCCACGUCCUGCGAGACGAGGACUGUCCCUCCAUGAUCGUGCCUAGCAGGCCCUUCCUACAGCGCUGCUUCCCUGAUUUCAUCACCAGAAACGGGACGCUGACCGUCGCCAACAAAACCGCAUUCAAGGAUGUGCUGGGUCAAACCAGGAGCGUGACCGAACUCAGAGAUGCCGCCAAUGGCAUCACUGGUCUCCUGGAUACCAAGGAGCUUGGCUUGAAGAUCAUUGAGGACUACGCUAGCUCCUGGUUCUGGAUAUUAAUAGGCCUGGUGAUAGCCAUGGUGGUCAGUCUGAUCUUCAUCCUGCUGCUGCGCUUCACUGCCGGGUUCCUGCUCUGGGUCAUCAUCUUUGGAGUUAUAGCUAUGGUGGCUUAUGGUAUCUGGCACUGUUACUGGGAGUUUGUCUUUCUGAGGGGAAAGCCGGACGCUGAUGUCACCAUCUCAGACAUUGGAUUCCAGACCGACUUCCGUGUUUACCUGGAGCUGAGCCAGACUUGGCUGGUCUUCAUGAUAUCCCUCUCCAUCGCCGAGCUCGCCAUCGUGCUGAUGCUGAUCUUCCUGAGGAACAGAGUGCGCAUCGCCAUCGCUCUGCUCAAGGAGGGCAGCAAGGCCAUUGGCUACAUCAUGUCUACCCUCUUCUACCCAAUCAUCACCUUCCUGCUUCUGGCCGUCUGCAUCUCCUACUGGGCUGUUACGGCGGUAUUCUUGGCGUCCUCCGGCGAGGCUGUCUACAAAGUGAUGCCGACGCAGCCCAGCUGCGUGUACGCUAACCUCACCUGUGACCCUGAGACCUUCAACAAGACCAACGUGACCAAGGUGUGCCCCGGCUCCCAGUGCACCUUCGCCUUCUACGGCGGGGAGAGCCUGUACCACCGCUACAUCUUCGUCCUGCAGCUCUGCAACCUGCUGGUCUUCCUCUGGCUGGUCAACUUCGCCAUCGCCCUGGGCCAGUGCACCCUGGCCGGGGCCUUCGCCUCCUACUACUGGGCCCUGAAGAAGCCGGCCGACAUCCCGCCGUGUCCGCUCUUCUGCUCCUUCGGCAGGGCCAUACGGUACCACACGGGCUCCCUGGCCUUCGGCUCCCUCAUCCUGGCCAUCGUCCAGCUCAUCCGCAUCGUCCUGGAGUACCUGGACCACAAGCUCAAAGGAGCCCACAAUAUAUUCGCUCGCUUCCUGCUCUGCUGUCUCAAGUGCUGCUUCUGGUGUUUGGAGCACUUCAUCAGAUUCAUGAACAGAAAUGCAUACAUAAUGAUCGCGCUGCACGGGAAAAACUUCUGCACUUCGGCCAGGGAGGCCUUCUGCUUGCUGAUGAGGAACGUGGUGAGGGUGGCAGUGCUGGACAAGGUCACCGACUUCCUGCUCUUUCUGGGCAAAGUGCUAAUUGCAGCGAGUGUGGGUGUUCUAGCCUUCUUUUUCUUCACUCGCAAGAUCCCCGUCAUUCAGGAAGAAGUGCCAGUGCUCAAUUAUUACUGGGUGCCAUUACUGACGGUGAUAUUUGGGUCCUACCUGAUCGCGCAUGGCUUCUUCAGCGUCUAUGCAAUGUGUGUGGACACCUUGUUUCUCUGUUUCUGCGAAGACUUGGAGAGAAACGAUGGGACUCCCGACAAACCUUUCUUCAUGUCCCCUGGCCUGCACAGAAUUCUGGGCAAAAACGAUCAGAGUCCUAAAAAGUCCAAGGGCUAACUGGCCCCCUCGGGCGGGGCCUCUUGGCUCCGCCCCUAAAUAGCUUUAUUUAUGUGUGAUCUUUAGCAUGCUUUAAAAGUGACUUGUUGCCGAACUCUGGCUAUGCUGUCAACAGACUGAUUUAGCGUUGAGGAGAAAUUAGCAGGCAUAGGCAGUAAAAAUGGACCUUCUACUACGAGAAAACGAGAGAAAGAGAGAGAGAUGGACGGAGGGCUCCAUUCUUCUCUUUCCUGUUUCGGGUGCUGAUUACCUGUCAUGUAUUACUCUUUGUACUGCUUAAUGCUGCCUUACCCAUUGCAAUCUACUGGGUUUGUGGUAGCAGGUGGCAUUUUAAGUGAUCUGUACUGUGAUUACCUGUCCUGAGGGAGUGGGGAAAGAGCGUGGACCGGCUCCAGCGCUGCACUCUUUCACAGCUCUCUCUCUGAGAAAAGAAGGAUUGACCUUUCCAGUGUACGGAACCGUUGGUCAAGAGCAGCCUUUUCCUGAUCUCAGUCCCGCUGCUUUUCACUCAAACCGACCCCUUUACGUCCGUCUGCGCGUUCGAGACGCCGAUCGAGCGCAGCCGUCUUCGCCGCGGGAGGCGAGCUCGUGAGAGACAAAAAUCAGCGAGCCUCAGUCUGCCCACAUUCUCCAGCAGUCAACCCGGAGAGGAAACAAUCGGCUUCGGAGAGCGUUUUUAUAACGGUCAGCAGUGGGCGGUAAUUACACUUCAUUUGUAUAGAGUUUACUCCUGAUCCAGACACCUGGUCUCGGACGUGACUCACCCAGAUGAAGAGAUUGAAAACUCCAUCGCCGGGUGCUGAUGUAAUGCAAAAGAGACUGCAGAUCAACCAUAGCAAACCUUUCAGGUUCAGUUGCCGGCCUCUUCCGUGUGAAGGGGACGGGCAUUGAUUUUGAAAUGACAUCACUUUACGACUAUGACAAUGGUACUAUACGUCUGUGUGUGUUUACUCGAUCCAGUGUUGUGGCAGUUUGCUGUGAAAACACGUGGCUGGGGAUGUGGUGCGUGUCAUCGUGCAAUGUUUUGACUGGUCCGCGUUUCGCAUAAGGGCUCUCUAGAGUUGCAAAACUGGACCAUUCUCCUCUGUGAACUGUGACUGGCAGUCAGCCAGGCCAUGCCAGGGCCGGGCUUUUGUUCUACAGAGCGGAGCAGGGGUGCUUUUUUUUCCCCACCGUGUGUCAUGGUUUUUGGCGGAUCUCUUGGGAUCGGGCUGCUUAAACAAGGCAUUGUGGGAAGGCUGCCCCUGUGUUGAUGAGACACAACAGUAUCUGUGGCCCGAACUGGUCGAACGUCAGCAGUAAAAAAAAAAAAAAAAAUCAGUUUACCACUCAUGUCUUGGAUUCACAAACCAUGGUGUGGGAUUGGACCUCUUAAUAAUCCAUUUCACACCGCUUGGUCAAGCAUUACAGACCUUGCGAUACUUCAGCUGCGCAGUUUUAAUUCAUGUCCGAACAGGGCGUUCGGCGUGUUUUGGAACUCUUUGAUUCCGUUUCAGUCACAAGUUUAAGCAGGUCUGUCAUUUUAGAGGUCGUACACAUCAGAAACAGUCGCUGAAAUUAAAGAAAAAUUGGUAAGAAACUGAAAAUUAGCUGUUUUUUAACUGACAAGUUAAGGACAACUUCCUAGAUUUAUUAAAUGCAUCCACCCCUGGUUAAAAUUUACGUAUUAAUGUACAAAGGCUUCUUUUGUCAUUCCAAAUAAGAUUUGAACAGAGCCUGUGAAUUCAGGAAAUCUGAUGUACGUUUUAGAUAAACUACAGUUUCUAGUUAAUGUGCCUAGAAAAAAUGUUUGUUUUUUUAUUUAACACAAAACACGUUUUGAAAUACAGUUUAUAAAAGGAUGACAAAGCCAUUUUUGGUAAUUUUGUAUUGGGUGGUACAGACUAAAGUGCUACAUUUUUUAUAAUACUGAUUAUUAUAUUCUUGUUUUUUUUGUAAGUUUUGGGGGGUAUUUAUUGUCUUUGUAAUGAGAAUUUUUUGUAAAAAAAAAAAAAAAAAACAGUCAAUGAAAAAUGUCAAUUCAUUUUUUUCUAAAUAAAUUAUGACUUGCAUAUUGUGCUGAA